AUGGAGUUUCCUUAUCGCCCAAAGAAAUACGCCCUGAACGCACCCCCGCCAAUCCCGCCUCGACCAUCUCAUUCGGAAGACAAUCGUCCCCCACCAUUGCCUCCUCGGAUACCGCGAGAUGAUUCGCAAAACACCGUCCCGCGUUUAGAGGCACUGUAUCCCCCGCCACCUCCAUAUGAGAGACAAGCCACCCCAGAACAGGUGGUCCCUUAUCCCGCGUCCUAUCAUGCGGAACACCGACCGCAGCCUUUGCCUCAGGCACAAGGUCCUGCCGCGGGAGAGUCAAUAUCCCUCUACAGUACUCCACAGACUGGCUCCACACCUUCAAUGUCUCGUCCUUGGUUUCCGCCACCCUCGUCCCAGGCGCCUUCCUCCAGAAACAACUACCACGCUCCGGGGCCAUCGCAAGCUGAGGGAUGGCCACGGACUCCCCAGUCCAUCGGACGCAAUAUCCCACCUGCACCACCAGCCGCCUAUAAUUUCCGGCCGCAGGGAUCAGAUGGUGCACCCGCGCCACCGCCACUAUCGUCGCGCCGCCCUUCCCAGCAACAAAGCUCUCCAGCAAUACAACGCCAUCAAGAUGACGCAUCGUCGACUCCAGUUGAUUCCAACACCGUGCGCAGCUCCUGCCAUGAUCAUGACCGCAGGGACCAGGCAGGCUCUGAUGCCACUGUGUCGCGACCAAGCAUGCAGUACAAUCAGCCCGCAAAAUUCGCCUUGAAGAAGUGUCCGUCAACAAAUUAUACCUUGAUGUGCUCCGGUACAUGGUAUAUCUUGACUGAAACCCCAGAGUUCCGCAUUUGCACGUAUUGUUAUGAGAAGAAUAUUCAGGGUUCGCCGUUGCAAACAAGCUUCCACCCUUGGGUCUCGCCCGCCGGUGCUGGCAUACAUUGCCUUUUCAGCUCACCUCGGAUUCAAAAUUAUUUGUGGCCCCGAGCCUUGCAAUCAGGCAAUGUUCAGGAGCUGUUGUGGUUCUUUCGUCAUCGCACCACAAUCAGGGACUGUGAUGGGACAAAAGGCGUUGGAGGGUCGGAGAACGUGAAGUGGUACAGCCCUAAAGACACCAGCAGACUUCCAUCUUUCAUUGUAUGUGAGGCUUGUUAUGAGGAUGUAGUUGCGGGCACACCUUUGCAGGGUCAGUUCGAGGAGCACCGAGAAAAACAGCCACAUGAACAGAUAUGGGCGUGUGACAUCGCUAUUAAUUUUAUUCGAAGAUUACUCACCAACACACAAUCAUGGCCGCAGUUUUCUGUAGAAGCCGCACGUCACCUGAGCCUUCCGGAAUGCGAUAAAAACGGGAGCGUAAUGACUGGCUCCUCACGGCAGUGGUAUGAGCUUCGGGAUCGAGCCCUGGGAAUAGCUGUCUGCGAGCGCUGCUACCGCGACUUUGCGAGUGGGACCCAUUUUGAAUCCCACUUCCAACCUAUGAAGCAGCUGCCAAGACAACAGCAAUGCAUCCUUGGGUUCUGGCAAGCCCAGGUCGUUUGGGAUGAGGCGAUUGAGCGGAAGGACUUUUCGCUAUGGCGGCGCACAAUCAUAGAAUAUGUCCAAACUCCUGCUUGCAGCUCGCAGGCACAACCCGGUGCGCAGACGUAUCAACUUAAUCAAGGCAUCGACAACUUCGAUGUCUGCCAGAGCUGCUACAGAUGGUAUGGCACGGAUGACUGUCGGAUCUGUCUCGCAUGCUACGAGGAGGUCGUGCGUGGCAGCGAACUCGCCCAAGAGCUCCCUCUGACACCCAAAAUAAUCCCAGGUGAGAGUCACUGUGACUUAUACUCGCCACGAAUGCGCCGCAAGUGGGCCGAGGCAUGUGGCAAGCGGGAUUUGGCCUCGUUUAUGGCAUUUGCCGCGUAUCGCCGGACCAUCUAUGAGCAAACAGUGCCAGAGAUGCGGAAUAUUGUCUCGAUGGCGCGAUACAACCUCGACAUGCAGAAGAUGUACAACGUGUCUUCGUCCUUCUAUUAUAACAUGGACGGGAUCACAGCUUCCAUGUAUAAUCCCUACAUUAGCUAUGGGGCUGCCGGGAUCCCGCACAGAUUUGAAACACCUUGGGGCGUCGAGGGAGCCCAACUGGGGCAGAAGGCUCAAGGAUAUACGCAGGGAAUAACUGCCGACACGGCAAGAGUCGCACAAUUAGAGGCGGCCUGGAAACUGGUUGAGUAA